AUGUCUAACAACCGCAGUUUGAAGGAUUUAUUUCCCUCUAAAUUCAAUUUUAUAAAACCUAAAAUUGAACAACCAAGUGAAACAACAAAAUAAACUCACAAAUCACCAUUAGGUUUAAGUUAAUUUACAAGUUUUUUUCAAUUAGCUCAAUUGACUUCAAAAAAUAAUGGCAACUAAUCUUAAUAAAGAAGUAUUACACCUUAGAAAAUAAAAAUUGUUCAAUUAAAUAUGCAAAAAUAGGAUCAAUCAUAAAUCUAAAUACAAUCUAAGCAUUCCAGAAAUUAAAGUGCUUCCAACAUUAAUAGUAGCAGAAGCAGUUCUUUUUUUAAAGAAAAACAAGAUUACUUAAACUAGAAUACAAGUUCACGUAGCCCAAUUCAAACAUUCAAGAAAUAGGAACUAAAGUAAUCAAAAUUGCUAUUCAAUUCUUUAUUUCAUAAUUAAUAAUCUUCAAACCUAGAUUUAUAGAGCAAAUCCAAAGAUUAAUCACCUAUGAAACCAGCAUUUUAUGAUAAUUUAGAUAUAAUCAAUAGAAAUACAGGAAGAAAUAAUAAUUCUCAAUCUCCAAAUACAUCAAUUUAAAAGAUAUCAUCUUUUAUCAAUCUUAAGCAAUCGAGUACUCAUAAUAUCAAAUACCCAGACAAUCAGUUGAAAUAAUAAAAUAGUCUGGUGAAAGAAAACAAACCUGCUGAUAAACCAUACCAAUUAAUCAAUCAUGAAGUUCCUCAGAUCUAAAUUAAAAAGCAGGAGUUUCAAGUGCCCAACUAAUUUAAAUAAAACAAAGGAUUAGAUAAUAUAUUCAACUCUAUGUUAAGUAUUUAGCACUUAUCUCACAUCUCAAAAAAUGAAAGUUCAAAGAGUAUUCUAAAACAACAAGAAAAGCAUGAAUCAAGUGAGGAGGAUGAGGAAACCUUGAUUGUAGAUUGCAAUAUACAGAUUAAUAAGUAUAGUUUUUAAUUUCAUUAUGUGAUUGGCAAGGGUGGUUUUGGUAAGGUUUGGAAAGUUGAAAUGAAGAAAGGCAAAUAAUAUUAUGCUAUGAAGGAGAUGUCAAAAGCGAAAAUAAUAGCUAAACGAAGUGUUAACUCUGUAAUGAAUGAACGUAAUCUUUUGGCUUAAUUCAAACACCCCUUUUUGAUUAAUAUGAACUAUUGCUUUUAAGAUAGGGAGAACCUUUACCUUGUUAUGGAUUUGCUAACUGGAGGCGAUCUGAGAUAUCACAUAGGAAAAAUGAGGAGAUUCAAAGAACAUCAAACCAAGUUCUUUGUUGCUUGUGUCUUGCUUGCAUUGGAAUUUUUGCAUAAUAAUAAUAUUAUUCAUAGAGAUCUUAAACCAGAGAAUAUAGUCAUAGAUAAAUAGGGGUAUGCAAGAUUGACUGAUUUAGGAAUUGCAAGGGUUUGGAAGUCUGAGAAUUCUCAAGAUACAAGUGGGACACCUGGAUAUAUGGCACCUGAAGUUAUGUGUAGGUAGAAUCAUACAAUAGCAGUUGAUUACUUUGCAUUAGGAAUUAUGGGCUAUGAGUUUAUGUUGGGAAGAAGACCUUAUAAUGGAAGAUCAAGAUAAGAAAUCCGAGAUCAGAUCCUGACCAGACAAGUUCAAAUUAAAAGAUCUGAAAUUCCUGAUGAUUGGUCAGUGGAAGCAGCAGAUUUUAUAAAUAAGCUUAUAUAGAGAAAGCCAGCCAACAGACUUGGAUUUAAAGGACCUGAUGAAGUUAAGAAUCAUCCUUGGCUUCGUAAUUUUCCAUGGCAGAAACUCUUGAACAAAGAAAUUGAGUCCCCUUACAUCCCAAAAUAAAUUGAUGAUAAUGUUGAAUACCUGAAUUAAAUAAGUGAAGAUGAUGAUAGUUAAGAUGAAUUGAUUAAAGAAAAUAAGCUUUUACUAAAGAAGAAUUCAGUUCAAAAUCUAUUUAGUGGAUAUAGUUAUGAAUGCAAUUCAAAAUACACUAAGAGUACAUCUAGUACUCUUUUAUUUGGAUGA